ACUAAUUGGAGUUUUAGUUGUUGUUGGGUUGCUGUGUCCUCAUUUAGAAUAACUCUUUCUGCUUGAUAGUUUGUCAUCUUUUUUAAUGUUUACUAAAGCAGAAACAAGAUAUAUUACAGCUAUAAGCAAGUCAAACAGCUUUUCCGGACAGCACUACCUUUGCCAAUAAAUUAUUACUAGAGAGGGGUUUGGUGGAGCACUAGGCUGCUGUGCAACACAGACAUUCAUGAGUUUUCAUUUGUGUGUUUAAAGACUACGAAUUGGUGAUAAGUCCCCAUGCAUUAUAUACGGCUACGUGCCUUGAAAAACAAGUUUAGUAUCUCUAGCUUCUAGCCGAGUGAACUGCGGACAGAUCUUACUAAUUCAAUUUGGUAAUUUUCAUCCAAUAGUCGGGGAAAAUUUUCAGAUUUUCGUGAUAGAUUUUAUUGUUUUAUCUUUUUAAAAAAAUUUGAUCACUGUUUCAGACUUUCCGGUUUAAUCAAUCCAUAGUGAAGUUAAACAAUUGUGCCUGGCAGAGACUUAGUGAAAGUGAUUUUGUGAUUUGAAUUAUCUUUGAUGAUUAAAUUUGAACUGAUUACAAUAUUUGGAUGAGUGGAGGAAUGACAAGAAGGUGCAGCAAAGACUGUUUAGGGCUUCGUUUACGAGUCAACGGCCUACAUCAAACCUGGAAGUGGCUUCAUCAAACCAUUGCUUUACACGAGUAUUUAAUCUCAAUGAGCGCAGCUAAUUCCGAUAGCUUCUCGCAAACCCCACAAAGAUCUUGUUGUCAUUGAAAAAAGCAUUAUACUGACAUUGUGUUAAAACCAAUUCUCUUCUAAUAGACUUUAUAAAACUAUCUAUAUCUAAAUAUUAUUAAUAUUUUGUGAACUACUAUAUCGUACUAGUCAAAUGCUUAAGAAUCAAUUAAAACACUCCUAAAACUAUAGAAAAACGGAUUCUAUAUAUUAAAGUAGGACUUAUCACUGCCAAAAACUGAUUUUUGAAUAAUAUUUUGGAAUUGUGUAAAAAGAACGAAACGAAACAAAGUGAAAUAAGUUUAGUAACAAUCUGAAAGACACUAAAAACAUUUUUCCUGCUACUAUUCUUUAUAUAAAAUAAUAAAAUUUCUUCUAAAAAUAAACCGUAUCGGUUCGAACACUCAUCCGAACGUACAAAAACUUCUGAUUCCCAACGACUGCGACUCCUUGAUUUCGCGUAAAUACACGCUUGGCAACAGAAAAA